AUGGCUAGGAGUGAUGUAGAUGUGUGUUCCAUUGUCUUUUUCUUCUUUAUUUUGCAUUGUGCUGCUUCCCACCAGCGACAUAGUGUGCACAAACCUUGUAAGAGAUUGAUAUUCUACUUCCACGACAUCAUCUACGACGGAACGAAUGCGCAAAAUGCGACUGCUACACUAGUUGGGGCACCACAGGGUGCUAACCUUACUAAGCUCACAGGAAACAACCACUUCGGAGACUUGGCAGUCUUUGAUGACCCAAUAACUCUAGACAACAACCUUCACUCACCUCCAGUGGGUCGAGCACAAGGCAUGUACUUUUAUGACAAGAAAGAAUUUUACACAGCGUGGCUAGGGUUCAGCUUUGUCCUCAAUUCAACAAACUACUUGGGGACACUUAACUUCAUCGGUGCCGAUCCCUUACUGCAAACGACCCGUGACAUAUCAGUGGUGGGUGGCACCGGUGACUUCUUCAUGGCUAGAGGGGUGGCAACUAUAAGUACAGAUGCAUACGAGGGAGAGGUUUACUUUCGACUCAAAGUGAACAUAAAAUUAUACGAAUGUUACUAGUCUCUAAGGCUUUUAUACUUCUUUUCUAUAUACAUAUGAUCUAAGGAGUGCUUUUUUUCUCAUAAAACUCAAAAUAAGGUUUGCGCUUCUUCCCCUGUGAAGUUGCUUUGAAACGUCAGCCUAUGUAAUGUGGAAGUGUCUUAUGUCUACCAUCAUUGAAAGCUCACAGAGUUGAGUCUUGUGGAUGUG